AUGGAACAUGGUACCGCCCAAAGUGUGUACGAUGGUGAGCAGAAGCUUUGGUACGGUGAGCGGUUACCGUCGGUGUUAAAUCCUGCGGCCGGCAUUGGCCGUAUCGUGCUCGAUUUGCUGGCCCGCUGUCCCGAUCGAGUGAUACAGAUCAAUGCGGACACCGGCCGGAAGACAACCUGCGGCGAGAUGAGGCUGCGCAUUAUACGCGUUGCAUUGCAUCUGCGCCGCCUCGGUUACAAACGUGGUGACUUUGUGAGUCUUGCCUGUGGCAACGGGGAGAACGUGGUGCCGGUGCUGAUCGGCUGCUGGGUGCUGGGAUUGGCCGUGAACCCACUCGCACCCAUCUUCGGAAGGGACGAUUUCGAGCACAUGAUGAAACAAACGCAAUCGUCACUGGUGUUCUGCGAUCCGGCCAACCGAGAGGUGGUCGCAGAAGCCGCCCGGAAUGCGAUCCGUUCGAAGGUUCAACUGUUCGUGAUGGGCAAGGGUACGAGCUCGGUCGACGAGCUGUUGGAACCGAUCGAGGGUGAGGGAUGCUUCCGUCCGGAAUAUCUCGGCGAUGCCACCAAACUACUCGCGAUGGUUCUGUGCUCUUCCGGCACAACCGGACUACCGAAGGGCGUUUGUCUUUCGCACGCACACUUCGUGGAUGGAAUGGUGUUUUCUACAGAGGUGUCCGAGGGACCCAUCUUUAACUUUAGCUCACUGUUCUGGGCCACCGGUAUCUUUGCCGUGAUGACAUCCCUGUUCCACAGUCGUCCACGCGUCCUCACAAGCAAACCCUACCAGCCGGAGCUUCUGCUGGAUCUGAUCGAGACGUAUCGCAUCGAGAAUCUGUUCACACCACCGUCCUACGUGUCCGCCUUGCUCGCACAUCCUCGCCUUCCGACGGCGGACCUUAGCAGCGUACGGCACUGGUCACUCGGUGGCUCUAUGGUUCCGGCGGAAUUAAUUGUACAAAUUCAGAAGCUGCUUCCAAAUGGCCACACCCGUUCCAUCUAUGGGAGUUCGGAGAUCGGGUUUAUCACGCGCAACGACGUCAGGGUAAAGCCCGGUUCCGUCGGUCCACUCACAACGAACGUUGAGUGCCGGGUGGUGGAUGAGGAUGGGCGAGUGGUUGGAGCGGGAAUAUCCGGCGAGCUUCUAUUGCGCCAUCGGUACAUGUUUCUGGGUUACCUUUACAACGAGGAAGCGACGAAGAACGCCCUGACGGAGGAUGGAUACUUCCGGAGCGGUGACAUCGGGUACAUGGACGCCGACGGCAGUCUGUACGUGAUCGAUCGCAUCAAAGACAUCAUCAAGUACAACAACUUCCAGGUGUCACCGUCCGAUCUGGAGGGCAUCAUCCAGAAGAUGGACGGUGUGAAGCAGGUGUGUGUGAUCGGCAUUCCAUCGCCGGACGGAUCGACCGAUCUGCCGAUGGCGGUCGUAGAGCGCACACCGGGCAGUGCCCUGCAGGCGGAGGACAUUGUACGGCACGUGGAUGGGCUGGUGACGGAUUUCAAGCGCCUGCGCGGUGGCGUACGGUUCGUCGACGGAUUUCCGAUGACUCCAUCCGGCAAGAUUGUGCGGCGUACUGUGAAGAAAAUGAUCAACGAAGAAGUGUAG